AAGAUGAACAAUGAAGUGUUACGAAAUUUUUCGAUUUUCGUUACACCCGAAAUUUUGGGAAUUUGGGCUAGAAUUUCUCUACGUUCUUGAGAAAUUUUGUCUAAAUAUUAUAUUUAAUUCGAAAUGCACAUGUUUCAUGCGUGUGUAUAUGAAAUCUGGGGGGGCCGACCAUUGCGACACUAGCGCCAGGCAUCAGUGCGAUAUAAUCGUUAAAAUGAAAAGAAAAUUUAUUUGAAACGAUUUUUUUAAUACACAGAUAAAAAAGAUUUUCUAACUAUGAAAAAGUACGUUUUAAAUUUUUCACUUUCAUGGAGAAAUCGAUAGAGCGAGAAAGAAAGAGAAAGCGGAUGGGGAAAAAACUUGAGUCGUCCCGGGUCUUGUAGUAGGGAGGAAAAGACGAUGGGAAAGCUACGAAGACUUCGGUCUAUAGUGUUCUUCGAACAAUACACGAUAGUGUAGUAAUCCAUAGGUAUAGUAGAGGCAUAUGGUGUUUACCGUUACACCUGUUGGAACGAUGCCCCGACCACACGGCGGUUCCCAUUCGAUCGCGUGUAAAAGACUCGAGGGACUUGUGGGGACCGAUUGUGAGUGGGGCAUCUUGGGGUGUGAGCAGUGUGUUCGGCCACCGUGACAGGGGGUACGUACGUCCGUCGGACAGAAUAAUAAAUGUACGUGAUCGACAUUCGAAAGGACGCUUACUCACCGGAGUUUUGUUGGGAAAUUUAGGCGUAACAAUAAACGAAAAAAUGUUUAUUUUUCGUAACCGUGCGCCAAUCUUGGCGGAAAAACGAGUCAUACGUCGGCCAUAGUUGGGUCUUAAAUUUAAGCCCACUAACCAAUGGGAAUAACCAAAAAUCGUGGAUAUAUUCGGUCCUCGAACUUCUCGUCGAAUCGCCAAUUUAUUCCCCCUCCACACUGUAAAAUGGACGCUUUUCAUUAAUUUUGAAUUUUAUUACUAAAUAUUAUAAAAUUCAUCGGUCGAAGAACGAUCCACUAUGACACAAGAGUGCACAAACGAAUGGAUGAGCCAAUCUGGGCCCGAUACGCAAGGGUCCUAUUAUACCAAUCAAACAAUGAAACAAUCCCAGUGCGAAAAUCCAGCCAUGAAAAAUAUCAUGAGGGCGAUCGAAGAGUGCAAUCCCAUUCGAUAUGCGUCUUACAGAACUGCUGCAAAAAUGCAAAUUUUGCAUAGAGAAUUGUACAUGAAAUACGUACAACUGAAAUUGAUUGUGGGCGUUUUCGAACGUCAUAGACUGUCGUUUACCGAAAAUUCGGUAACUCUCGACGAGACUGAGAUCGAGGACGUCAUUUCGGACAUUUACUUUGCCGCCCACAAAGAGGCAGAAGUCGAUUUUGACGUAAAUCACGCUACGAAAUUGGCUGUCCAUUAUAUCCUCAAUACAUUUGACAGUGAACGCAAGGGCAAAGUUCUGGUGUUUUCGGUAAAAGUCGCAUUGACGCUUAUGAGCUGUGGCAAACUGCAGGACAAAUACGAGUACUUUUAUCAACUGUUGGCCGAUCAUAACGCCUGUUUAUCGAAAGCAGCUUUGCACACACUGUUGAUGAACAUUUGCAAGGUCACCGAGAUGCUUGGCGAAAGCGUGGCUUAUGGGAGUCAUAUCGUUCAAUCGAGCAUCGACAGUUGUUUUAUUGAGUCUCGAGGCUCGCUCGGUGUGAGCGAAGUUGAAUUCGCAACCUGGAUUAUGCAAGAUCCACCUUUACUCACAUGGAUUUCAACGUUCAAUCGCAUGAAGUCUGCGGAACACACAAUCCACAACAUAAAGUGUUCAUCCUGUAAAACGACUCCAGUCCACGGUCCUCGAUUUUCGUGUUUGCGAUGCGCGCGCUAUCAUCAGUGUCAGGCAUGCUUUUUCCUGGGUAAAACUUCGAGCAAACACAAAUUGAAGCAUCCGGUUAGAGAAUAUUGCGCCAAGACGUCAAGCCGAGAAGUGACGAAACUUAUAAUAGAAUUGAUACGAAACAAACUGAGGCUGUGUCCGACGCAGACCGUAGCGAUGCAUCUCGACGAACCGCCUCCGAAUGCGAUUCACGACGAGGCUCAGGCACUCGACACAAUGUCCUUGAGGAGCACAGUACGAAGAAAAGUAUUGAACGACCCGCAAAAAGAAUUGCAGAGCAUCAUAAAUCACUUGGAAGAAGAAAACCGACAACUGCAGCUCGAGUUGAUGGAAAUUUGCGGCAGUAGAGCUGAGCGUCUUCAGCGUCAUCGUUCCAGCAUCGAAUCUCAAUUGCAACGUUUGAAAAUAUUGAAGAAGUACCUCUUCACCAAUACGACUUGCCAGAUGGCGAAUCGCGUGCAGAGUACGCCGAUGGUGAAUCCAUUGGCUUCGAGGUUCCAAGGUGUGCCAAUGCUCGAGUUCGAACUCAGCCCGAUAGUCCGUCAAAGUUGCGACGAAUCUCAAGAGGAUAAUAUUUCGCGAAAGAAUGAUUCGACGAUUCGGGAAAAAUACGAAUCCCAAAACGAGAAUCUUUCACAGUCAGAAGCAACUUACGCGAGUCCCGUCGGCACGAGAAUCUCCGAUAAUUCACGGAUCGAUCUCAGCACGUGGAUCGGAGGCGGCAACAGAACGAGCUUGAGCCACGGGGAAAGUGGUUUCUCGCAAUGGCUAAAUUCCAACGGUGGAACAAAUGCCAAAAGCAAAUAUGCUCCAAAAUCCGUCGAAAAUGUUGAUGCUUCCCACGUUGUGUCGAUUUCACCGAACGGUAUACUCCGCGAUAAUACACCCUCCUCGUUGCAACGCCCUGACAAACAUUCGCAGCACAGUAGUCUACAAAAUAUACAGGGCGAUUUGAACGACAUACUCAACCGACUUCAGCACAUGGUUGCCAACGAUUGUUUGCUUGAAGAGUCUUUCAGUGCGGAUGACAACUGCGAACUGAAACGCGCGGCCACCGAAAUGGAAGAUUUAUUGACCGGAUUGAUCGAAGGGAUGGAAUCGCGAAAAGACAAACUUGCGACCGCUGUUUGAACGCGACAAUUCGAUUUUACGAACCGGAAGAUGAGCCAUAAAAGUUAUACGUAUGCUGAGAUUGAGAGCGAGUGGGAGUUUACCACUCUAAAUUGGGAGCUAUUAUCGAAGUCGACGUACCCGCACCACGGAUGAAAGGAAUUUCAACGACAUCGUAGGGAAACAAAAUAAUCAUUUCGCGUUACUUUCUCUUCUGAGACGAUAUUUGGAAAAAACGUAAGCCCUACGAAAUAACUGAUAUUUAUAAAACAGAAAUUGAUAAUAUUUCAUCAAUCGCAGAUGCAAUAAGUGAUUGUUCGUACAAUGAAAUUGUGCCUUGAGCAAAUUUAUCAACGAUAUAUUUUUAUUAUGCGACGAUGCAAAAGAAUUAUAUAAUUUUAAUAAUAAUUACGAUUUAAAGAUAAAUUUGAUAUAAGAACGCACACCGAAGUGUACGACGAGUUUAUUUGCUUAGUUCGAUAAAACAAUGGUUUUUAUAUGAAUGCGAA